AUGUCUCUGCAGGACCGUAGAAAGGCUGUCGGCCAACUGUUCGCCGUUGGCUUCCACGGCAACGAGAUCAACGACGACAUCCGGACACUGAUUCGGGAUUACGGAGUCGGCGCGAUUGUCCUUUUCAAGCGCAAUGUGCGAGAUGCGGACCAGCUCCGAGCCUUGUCGCAAGGCCUUCAGACCAUUGCCAAGGAAGCCGGUCACAGGCAACCGCUCUUUGUCGGCAUCGACCAAGAAAAUGGCCUCGUCACACGGAUCUCGCCGCCGGUUGCCGCGCAGAUGCCUGGGCCCAUGUCGCUGGGUGCCACGAGCUCCCUCGAUUCGACGCACGCCGUCGCCGUCGCUACCGGGGAGAUGCUCCGACACUUCGGCAUCAACAUGAACUACGCGCCUAUCGGCGAUAUUAAUUCCGAGCCCCUUAACCGAGUCAUUGGCACGCGAAGCCCCGGAGACAACGCGGAAACCGUCUCCAAGUUCGCGUCUGCGUGCGCCCGAGGACUUCGCGAGGCCGGCGUGGCGCCCUGCAUUAAGCAUUUUCCCGGACACGGCGACACAGACGUCGACUCACAUUACGGCUUGCCAGUCAUCGAUAAGUCGCGAGCGGAUCUGGACAAGACCGAACUUGUCCCGUUCCGGGACGCGGCCCGCGAAGGGAUUGAGAUGGUCAUGACGGCACACAUCUCCAUGCCCCAGUUGGGCUCCAAGCUGCCAUCGACCCUGUCGCCGCAGGCAAUUGGCAUCCUGCGCAACGAGUUCAACUACAACGGAGUCAUCAUGACCGAUUGCUUGGAGAUGGAUGGCAUUCGAGCCACCUACGGCACCGUAGAGGGUGCCCUCAUGGCAUUCCAGGCUGGCGUCGACAACGUCAUGAUCUGCCACACGUUCGACGUGCAGGCAGCAGCCAUCGACCGCAUCUGUGCUGCGAUAGACUCCGGAGAGAUCACCCAACAGCGGAUCGAUGAGUCGCUGGAGCGUUUGAGCAAGCUGAAGUCAAAGUUCACCAGCUGGGACACAGCCCUCCAAACGGGAACACCAGAGGCGCUGCAGACACUCAACACCAAGGGCUUCGAGCUGGCCUCGGGCGUCUACAGGGCUGCCGCAACUCUCGUGCGGUCUCAAUCUGGCGUUCUACCUCUCUCACCGACUGCUUCGACAGUGUUCGUGUCGCCUGGACCGAACAUUCCCGUUGGCGGCGGCGCUGUUGACAGCGGCGACGCCACUCUGCCCACACGGGUGCCCUGGGUGAAGAGCGCCUUUGCCGACACCAUUCGCCAGAACAACGCCGACAUAGUGGACAUUCGCUUCACCGAGACCGGCUUGACCGAAGAGCAGUGGGAGCAAGUGACCGACGCGGACGUCGUCAUUCUGGCGACACGUAACGCCCUGGAGUCGCCCUACCAGAAGGAGAUGGGCCUCGAGAUUGCCCGUCGUCGUAAGGACAAAGCGCUUGUGGCGAUUGCGACGUGCGCUCCGUAUGACUUUUUGGAGGACGAGGACGCCAUCAAGACGUACCUCGCGGUGUACGAGCCUACGGUCGAGGCUUUCAAGUCUGCGGUGGAUGUGAUCUACGGGAAGGAGAAGGCCCUUGGCAAGCUGCCAGUUCAGUGGCCGAGGCUAUAA